GAUUGACGUCCUGGUACGGGGUAGUCACAAUAUGUCGGGGUGGGGAUUCAGCUGUCGUGUUGGACGCUGGUUACUUUUUGUAGCCCUGAUCUUUGCCUGCGACUUCUAGCUACGCACAUCAUCAGACUGGUUUGGAAAUUUUGAUCUGAUGGGGAAUGUUAUUGUAUGGUACUGCACCUUCACAACAUGCCCUGCUUCAAUUUCGACCACGUACACGUGCGACUAGGCGGGCAUUUCUGCUCUACUCCAUUAGCUCUCGUCCUACUCAGAGGGACUCGAUGUCUCACGUUGCUGUUUGCAUGUAAUGCCUCUUCAACUAAUCACUGCGUUCCUCGGUGUCUUCCAACGAUUUUGGGGUCCCUCUCAGUGCUACUUGUGGACGAGUGCUUCCGUAUGACUGGAGAUCUCGGUCACCGCCCUCCGACCCUGACCAAAGAACAGCGAUCAAUGGAAGAUACUAAGGGAGGGGGGAAAGUUCCUCUUCUGAUCGAGGAAGGUCCGGUAGAUGCGAAUCAUUCUUUGAACCCUGAUUAUGGGCGUCUGCUUGGCAAGUUUCCCAAGGAUCCAUAUGUUCAAGCAUAUGCACAUACUGUGCCGGAUCUUCCAAUUAGAAGAAUACGCGAGGGUUGCGCCAUUCCAGCUGUCUUUCGUAUCACAGCUGUAGCCUGCUGUAAUAAGCCGGCUACUGACCAUAUCACCCUUUCACAGCCUGGACGGACCUUCUGUGUUGUCACAUGGAGAUGGCGGGCAAGUCGGUGGUCUCGGUUCUAUACCGGAGCUUGGACCUCGACGAACGAUUCCCGUUCGCUUCCCUCCGAAUUCAACAUACCGAGUGCGUUUCGAACUUAAUAAUUCGUCCUUGCUUAGCUGUGGCGCUCUAGCCCUCGAUAAUUGAUUUCAUUAUUCUGUCAAGCCCUCCAAAUUAAAAAUAAAUGGCUUGUCAAGUGCAUCUACAUUAUUAUUUCUCUCCGGAUAUAUCCUUCGCCUAUGUCAUGCUUCUCGUUCUGAGCGCUUCACCCCGAAUCUGUAAUUUGGCUAGGCACACCUCGUUCUUCGUUUCGUUCGGGGAUAUCGAAUCGAUGCGUUUCAAAAACCACUCGUCAAAAGAGUUGUAU